AUAUAGCUGUGAAACCGAUUGUGCACAACUGUUGUCAGACUAAAAUUGUUUUAUUUCCCCAUAACAUAAACGAACAAGGCUGUUUCACGUUUGAAGACCACAGUUCCAAUAUCGAGAAAUAUAAUUCAAUGAAACAACCAAAUGUGUAUUACUGAGAACGUCAUGCUAAAAUUAAAUAGAUCCAUAUUUGUAGAAAGUCAGUUUUACAUAACGCACAAUGUUAGUAUAUGCCAAAGAGUAGGACGGAUAUACAAAUAAUAUUUCCCUGUCAAAGCAAAGAGAGGAAUUGGGCGAACGAAAGUAUAUGAGGGAGAAUUGUACUAAGUAACACAGUGUGCAAUCGACCCCCAUGAGGAUGUUAUCAUCCUAAGUAUUUUAUAAACUCUCUGACACGUAGUUCAGUUUUUUGCGUUUCAGGAAAAAUCAUGAAUUAUAUUCAACUCUGGUACGUAUCCGUAUUAAUGGAAUAUCUUCAUACUGCAAUAAUACUACUUGCAACCACCAUUCCAGAAACAUGGACAUAUACAGUCUGCGCACGGUCUCAGCAGACAUCAACCAAUGGAUCUUUUGCUGCCAGUCUUGGUUGUGAUGACAGCAUGGAGACCUUCUCUCUAACCAAUGAUGGAGUUAAUCAGUCCUGGUCUCUUGAGUUAGACAAUAUUUAUACAAUUGAUUGGAUUUUUCUUUCCAUUGGUGCUGGUACCUACAGUAUAGAUGUAGAAAUAAUUGGAGGUGUAUCGCCUGUGAAGUGUACGGAUCUCACCCAAUCUGAUGGAAUGACUUCAACAUCGCUUCAGCAGCUGAUAACAUGUGAAUAUCCCAGUGCUGUCUACCGGAAAGGAAAUAGAAUAAGGAUAACUCGAACAGGAAAUGGACAAACAAAAGUGUUUGAAUUAAAACCAAUAGAACUGUCUGGUAUUAAUCGAUCAAUGCAACUGAAUUCUACGGAAUCUUCGAGUGGGUUGUCCAAAGCUUUAGAUAACGACAUGGACACGUUUUACCAAUCACCAGAACAGGCCCAGGCGUCUUGGUUCCUAAAAUUGGACAGAAACUAUGUGAUUAAAUGGAUUCUUAUAUCGACAUGGGGAGGAAAUUAUGAAGUACACUUUAAAGAAGAUGACGCAAUAACGAGUUCAUCAACAAUGUGUCAGAAUUUCAGUCUCCAUGGAAUAAAGCAACAAUACAAAGCCUUGGAAUGUUACAAAGAAAUGAAGGGGGAUACCAUUCUUAUAAAAAGGACCGAUGACGGACCAUUGAGGCUGUUUGAAGUGUAUCCUAUAAUAUGUACUGCAGGUCGCUAUGGACCAGACUGCGCUAAAUGCAGGAAGGAGUGUGUGUCCUGCAGUCCUAUAACAGGUGUCUGUAACCAAUGCCAUGGACCGUUCUAUGGUGACUUUUGUCAGCACCAAUGUCCAACAAACUUUCUCAACGCUACGUGUGACCAGACAUCAGGGACGUGUGAGAGCUGUAUAGAGGGUUACUAUGGAAAGUGUUGCACUCAUGAAAUCACUACAGCGUCAACAAUUAAAGAAACUGAAGCGUUCACACGAAAAACCAACAAUGAUGAGGUCACCACAAACUGUGAUGAGGACACCACCAUUUCUGACAAAAUGGUUGCCGAACAAGAUGCAGAUAGAGAGGUAAAUAACCUGACUGUCAUAUUGCUGACUGUUCUCGUGGUGUUAAUUCUGGUAUUGGUCCUAACUGUGGUUGUCCUCUUUAACAAAAGCAAGAGAACAAGACAAGACAAAACAGAAAAAGAAAAUGGCCUCCUCGUGGAAUUCCAUAGAGUGGAGUCACGAAAUGAGUCCGAGCUGGAGGAGAUUCCCCAGGACGAGUCUUUGUUCGUAGAGGAGGAAAUCAUUACCGUAGAGUACAGUAAUUUGAUGUCGCAAAGAAUUUCUAUAGAUCAAUUCAUUAGAGAAUUACCAGAGAAAAAGGACAACGAAGUACUAGCGAAAGAAUUUAACGAUCUUCCCACCGGACUACUAGAAUCUCAUUCGAAUGCCCUGAGGGCAUCCAACAGAAAGGGAAACCGAUACAAAGGAAUUUAUCCAUAUGACUAUAAUCGUGUGGAGUUGAUGAGAGAAGAUUUUAAUGACAGCGAUGACUUUGUCAAUGCAUCCUACAUUAAUGGUAUCAACAAGGAACGAAGUUACAUCGCUGCGCAAGGUCCUUUCACCCCCAAGACGUUGGAGGAUUUCUGGACCGUGAUCUGGCAGAACGACUCAACACGGAUCGUUAUGCUGACUAAUCUUUACGAGGGAGACAGAAUAAAGUGUCUGAAGUACUGGCCGGACACGCUGCUGGACAUUGGCCCUUACGUCAUCACACUGGACACUGUGGACGUGUAUGAUCACUAUGUCCUGCGAUAUAUGACUGUUCAACAUCAGGAAAAGUCCAACAAAAAAAAUUUCACCGUUACCAAAUGUGACGAUCGGCGAUGCGGAACGUGCCCAUACUUAAGGGAAGGAAGUUCGUUCGAAUUUAACAACAAGGAAUUUACGGAUGAAGAGAAGAGGGUAACACAGUUCCACUUCACCACUUGGCCGGACAACUCCGUCCCAGAUGAUAUGACGUCACUCAUAUGCUUCCGUAACCUAGUAAGAAAUGGACUGAGCAUUUCAGAUGGGCCAGUGGUCGUCCAUUGCAGAACGGGGACGUUUAUCUCCCUUGAUUAUCUCCUGGAAGAGAGCGUUAUGGAACAGACCAUUGAUGUCAGGGGAUAUGUUGCUUCUCUAAGACAGCAGCGGGUAGGAUCUGUACAAACAUGUGAGCAGUACAUCUUUCUCCAUGAUGCACUGGUUGAAGGACUUACAAACAUGAACGUUCGCCAUAGCUGUCUAUCUGUGUUGUAAUGCUGUUUUGUCAGGCAGUGCUGUCUGUUCUAAUAUUAUGGAUUUUCAAACUGUACAUGCGUUUCUGCGGAAUUAAUGUUUUCAUUUCUGCUUGAUUAAUGUAAAUUUUAAAAUAUUUCAUAUUUCCAAAAUUUAUAGGAUACGUACUUAAUUGGGGAUUGAACAUACUGUUAAUAUUAGCCUUAGAAUUGCAUUGUCUCUAGAACUAAAUUGAGCGUAUGAGUAUCGAAAAUUUAAUAAACAUGAGAAUAAUUGUCAA